CUCUCUCUCUCACAGGUGAAGAUUUGGUUUCAGAACCGACGGUCAAAGUACAAGAAAAUGAUGAAGGCAGCGCAGGCACCGGGCGUCGGGGGAGGACUUCCAUUGGGCGCGCCGAACCAGGGUGGUCACAGUCCGUCGCAGCAUCAAAACAUGCACCAAGCACCCGGCGGAGGCUCCAGCAGUGGAUCGCCGUCGCACUUUCUACCUCCCGGACACAGUCCCACGCCGUCGAGUACACCGGUCUCGGAGCUGUCACCUGGCCUCAGUCCGCCCUCGCAAGCGCCCUGGGAGCAGAAACCCCCGCCGCACUGGGUCGACCACAAACCGCCACAGAUGGCCCCGCAGACGAACCACGCACCCCCGCAGCCGACCCACGCGCCCCAGAUGGGCGGUUACGUACCUCAGUACUGGUAUCAACCGGAAACGAAUCCAUCACUAUUAACAGUGUGGCCGGGGACCGUUUAACAAAACGAGAAUGUAAAUUAUAAUUUUAACUAUACAUAGUGUGUACUAGAGCAAAGUUUAGCUAGAGACAGAGUUCGCAGCAGCAGCCGUGGUAGUGCAGGGGAAAUUGUAAGUGAGGAAUUAAGACAAACAAACAAACAAAAAAGCUUAACAGUGAUCUGAUUAACCGGUAGUUUUUAUUAGUAAAAUUUGCAACAACAACAAAAAGUAAGAAUCCCCGACGGCAACACUGUGUUCGUCGUGCAGUUCCUGAAAUUGUGCAAACCGCAACCAUUUCCAGCGGAAAAUUAAACUAACUCUCUUUCUCUCUCUCCUGAGAGAGAGGGGGCGGGUGGAAAAUUUUAUAAAUGUACCCCGUUUUUUUCUCUCUUUCGUUGGUUUGAACCAAACUGCUAAACUCGUUUCGAUGCGAUGAACUGAGCGAAAAGUUCUGCAGAACUGUGGCGGGUUGGGGUUGAGAAAUGUGUAAAAGCUUUGUGCAAUAUUCGUAAGUGUUAAACGUGUAAUGUAAACCUUUCUUUGUUUUGUUGUACUUCUUUUUUUUUGUUUGAAUUUCACCGGGAAGCGACAAACUAAUGGGAAAAAAGUGUCUCAAUUUACUUAAAGCAAAACACAAAUUAAUCCUUGUUGUAUUUGGAGAAAAAAAGAUACGAAACAUUCCUUUAUAGAUUGUGACUGUGAGCGACAAAAACAUUCCAAUGGUCUUGGCAUUUUAGAAUUCCUAAUACCUUUCUUUUCUCUAGAAUCCAUUUUUGCUGCCAUUGAAACGGAGAUAUAGCUUUGAAUGCAAUACUAGUGAGACCGUAUAAUUUAUCAUUCCAACCGAAUAGAAAGAGCACAGCACAAGAAGAAAAGAUUAAAAAAAAAACAAAAAACACUACAAAACAAGUAAACAACAGCAAAACCGUUAGAGAAUCGAGUUAGUAGAAAAUUCAAAAAAAAAAGUGGACAAGUUUUAAGUAUCAAAUUAAGUGUACAUACAAAAUACAGUUUAGAAUGAGUGCACACCGUUUCGUAACGCGCGCGCGCAAGAGGUUGAAUUUUCAGAUCCAAAAAUUGUGAGUAAAUUCGCAGCGAGUGCUUGUGAAAUUCUGUUUGACAGUGUAUUGAUCGAAUUUAGGCGAUGUCUCGAAAAUUAUUAAAAAAAUCUCUUUGCCGAUUGAGUGGGGAUGAAUGAAAGCGAAGGUGAGAGAGCACACGAGGUCCGAUGGGGUUUGCUCUGUAAAAGUACUAAUAAGGUAGAUGGACACGAAAGUGACGAUUGUGAUUAGCCGGUAAUUUAAUUAAAUGCGACGCAGACAUUUAAAGCAAAUUUGUAAAUAGAGAAGCAAAAAAAAAAACUACAACACUAAACGAUAAUGAGCAGAAACAAUACAAGGAUACAAGUAAGUUAAAAUUGUAAUAAAAUAUUUAAAAUGACUACGCGAGUAAGCAGACUUGGAAAAUUCAGUUGAUUGAAUUGGACGAAUGAUUUUAAAAUUUUAAUAAAGGAAAAUAAUGAAGAAAAAAGCAGAAAACAAAGAGUAAAAAAUAUUCAGGGCUGAUGCAACCGGAAAUGGCAAAAAAAGAGUAAAAGUAAUUUAAAAAUUGGAAAAUAACUCGCAAGUGAAAUUUGCAUCCUUUCCGUCGGCAUCUUGGUCGUGACCUAGGUGUUAAGAAUUGUUUAUUAUUAUAUUGUAACGAUAUAAUGUAAUGCAAAUUAUAUUAUAAAAAAGCUCUGUAAUGAUUGUGAAUGUAAAUUUCAAAAUUCGAAAGACGGUAUUAAAAUAUUAUUAUAAAAAUUGAAAACAAA